GUGACUUUUAGUUGCUGUUCGAUAUUCAUUCUGUAUGGUUGCAUUAACCGGCAAAACGCAGUGUAUUAUUUCCUAAUUAACAAAAAUAUAUUUACAAAACAAUACAGAAAUAAAAUUAAAUUAUCAUAACAAUCGCGUCACGCUGUCUCGUAAAUACAUAUGUGUAAAAGUGUAAUAAACUAAUAAAUUCAUAUUUUUAAUGCCAAUUAACGGUUUGCAUAAUUCAAUUGCUGUUAUUGCACGUAUAAUACUAAUAUGCGCUAAUGUGAGUGUGCGGCAGUGUUGUUUGCCGUUUGUGCUGUUCUAAGACCAAACAAUUUUCGCGGGAAACAUAUAUGCAGUAUUGUGUGUUUAUUUACUAUUUUUCGAAUUGAAAUAUCUUUAUUAUACUGUUCGGAGAUAAGGCCGCUACACAUCAGCAUGUCAGAAAGAAAAUGAAAUUUCAUAUCUUUAAAUUCACUUUCAUUUGAGUUACGCGCGUGACGCAUUAUUUUAGCGGACGUCGGCCAAACUGUUGCGGUUGCAGGAAGGUGACCAUAAAAAAUAUUUCUUUACACAAACUUACAUUAGAAUAUUGCAAAAAUAAACACCCAUACAUAUACAAAACACAUAAAGAUACGCCGUGCAUUAAGUCUAAUUAAGGCAGCACACCUUUUAGUCAAUAAAGGAAAGCCGAGUGAAGAAGAAGAAGAAGAAGAAGAAUAAGGAAGAAGGAGGAGAAGAAGAAGAAGCAAAAGCAGUUGCAGCUGAUAGUUGAAAUGAUCAAAUAGAAUUGCGACGGCAAAACAGUAGGAAAAACAAAAACGACAACAAUGCGUAUAAUAAUCGUUAAAUUUGCUGAGCAAAUGACUGCCACGCUUCACAACAAGAACAGCAACAACAUAAACAGAAAUUACCAUCAAUAAACUUAACGGCUAAGUCAACAAGGUCAAUAACAACAGCAAAAAUUGCAGCAAACACAACAACACAUUGAGUUAAUAAUACCAACUAAUUGCCGACAGACGCACGAUAGUUGAGCAACAAUAAUAACAACAACAGCAACACCGUUCAAAACAGCUAACACAGCGCUUGUGGUAAGCAUUGGCGGCCAUUGGCGACGCCAACGACCAACAUAUAGCCAACACAUCAGCAUUAAAUAGCAACACACACACACACACACACACACACACACACAGACACAUACAGACUGCAUAGCGAUGUCCUUAGCAGAUGCGCGAGCAUUUGUAGAAAGUCUAGAUGAUACCGACGCUUCGACGCUCAAUAUCGAAAAUAUGAUUGCCAAUUUCUCAACGGAAAUGUUGCGUUUGGCCGCCAAAGAGGUCCUUGCGGAGAGUGCGCCAGCACCUGGCGGUGUGACGAUAUAUGUGAACCAAACGCUGAAGGAGCUUUGCGAACGAAGUGGGAAUCAAAAGUCGAUGCUCAAAUCACUAGCGCCCGCCUUAAGCUGCCCGCCCUCCUUUGACGCUGUGCUUUGUUGGCCAGAAACACCGGCAAAUACAACGGCGACACAGCCAUGUUUUUCGGAAUUCAAAGGGAUCCAAUACAACACCAAAGAGAACGUAACCCGUCAAUGUUUUGCGGAUGGUACUUGGGCCAAUUACACGGAGUAUAUGCGAUGUCAGCCGGCGACUAUGCUGCCACCACAGCUGGCUGAUCUCUCGCCAACAAUCGAAUUAUCAUCCUACAUAUAUUUCAUUGGAUAUUUCGUCAGCUUGACGUCGCUCAUUUUGGCACUGAUCGUUUUCUAUUUUUUCAAAGACUUGAAAUGCCUGCGCAACACUAUACAUGCGAAUUUAUUUCUCACAUAUAUACUUGCGGGCCUAUUAUGGAUACUAACCUUCUGGCUGCAUGUGAUGACUGAGCAUCCCAGUGAGGCUGGCUGUAUUACCUUGGUCAUGAUGUCUCACUAUUUCAAUUUAACAAACUUUUUCUGGAUGCUAGUGGAAGGUCUUUAUCUCUACACUCUGGUGGUGCAAACAUUUUCCAGUGAUAAAAUUCGUUUUAUAAUAUAUGCGUGCAUCGGUUGGGGAUGUCCCGCUGCUAUAAUAUUUGUUUGGUCAAUAGCGAAAAUCUUCGCCACCUCAUUGGAAAAGGAACAUUUUAAUGGUUUUCUCAUUCAGUGCUCGUGGAUUAGGGAAUCUCACAUUGAUUGGAUAUUCCAAGGACCCACCUGUCUAGUAUUAAUACUCAAUUUAAUAUUUCUCAUACGCAUUAUGUGGGUACUCAUCACCAAAUUACGCUCAGCCAAUACGUUGGAGACACGCCAAUAUCGUAAGGCGGCCAAAGCUUUACUUGUGCUCAUACCGUUAUUUGGUGUGACAUAUCUCAUCAUCUUUUUCGUUCCCGGCGGUGAAGGGAUAACACAAUAUGUUUUUGAAAAUCUGCGUAUCUUCCUCAUAAGCACACAGGGUUUCUUCGUAUCGUUGUUCUUCUGCUUUCUGAAUUCGGAAGUGCGCCAAGCUUUGCGACACCGAUUUAUGCGUUGGCGGGAUAAUCGUAAUUUACGAAAUCGCAAUCGUAGUAAUAUCUUUCAGGCAACGGCUAUCGAAGGACUACUCACAUCGUUCAAGAACGGAAAGUUUACGACUAACCUCCACUAGUCCCGUACCAAAUGGAUUCAGUCAUGAAUAAUCUCCAGCCACCAGUGGGAAGAAUUGCCUAGAAGUGAUAAAUAGACUAUUUAUGAAAGAAAAACGUUUAGUAAUCCCUGCAUAGUUUCGAAGCACACUGCUGAAAUGACUAUUGUUUUUCUAUUAGUGAAUCCGUGUUGUAACGGUAUUGUCACAUCUGCUAUGUGACAUUGGCAAUCAAUAUAACUGCGUGCAUACCAUUAUUAUUUGCUGAGAUUCUUUUAAUAUUAAUUUAAUUUAUUGAUAUUCUUUGAUUACAAUCGAUGUAUUAUUGUGUAUUUGUACAUAAUGUACAUACCUAUGUAUUUAUUUAUAAGUUAAUAGUUUUAUUUGUAAAUAUAUGU